UGCGGACGUGUAGAUGAGCCAGACGUGAAUGGGGUGGUAAACGAACGACUAUGCGGGGCACAACUAUAAGCAAAAAACAAUCAAUAUUAUAUCAUGGGAUGCUUGAAAUUGUAACGUUGAACGCAGCCAGCGGCAUCUGCUCCGCGGUGCUGCCUCGCCUCAGAAAGCAGCUGGACGAUUAAGGGCCGUUUUUGAUUUCCAGCUGGUCGGGGGUUUAACGCCUGGAGCAGACAUCUGACGGUAACGUUUUUAAUAUCGCCAAUUUAAAAUGCCACGGGACAACAAAUCUUCUCUUAUACAGAAAAUAGCAAAUCAGGCGUACGUGACGUUCAAGAGCUGCCGCUCUUCUGCUAUUGGGGAAAAUAAAGUCCUUCUAGAUAAUAAGGCAGAACUCACCGCCCUGUUGACCGAAAUCAGGGCUUCAGACUUGAAAAUUGCGCCGCCGAAAAAAGGCUCUAAGUCGAGCCAUAAACCCCCGGUCACCUACAUGCACAUAUGCGAGACGGACGCCUUCAGCAUGGGGGUGUUCUUGUUGAAAAGAGGGGCGUCCAUACCGCUGCACGACCACCCGGGAAUGAACGGGAUGCUGAAGGUCCUGUACGGCAAGGUUAAAAUAAUGUGUUUGGACAGACUGGAAAAGCCGCCUGCUCCAGGCGCCGAGGCUGAGGCUGUGUUCGACCCGCCGUUAUCACCUUUCCAGAAGGAUGCGCUUUCGCUUUGCGUGCGCAGAUGUACCGGCGAGUUCACCGUACACAGCGAGCCUUGCGCGCUGAGCCCCGUGAGAGACAACAUCCACCAGAUCGACGCGGUGGACGGGCCGGCGGCGUUCCUCGACAUCCUGGCACCACCUUACGACCCCGCCGGCGGGCGGGACUGUCACUACUACAGAGUUUUACAGACAGUGGCUAGAAAUGUGGACAAGGAGUCGGAUCAGAGCCGCAGAGAGGAAACGUGGCUUUUGGAGAUCCCGCAGCCGGAUGGGUUCUGGUGCGGGGGCGAGACUUACCCCGGUCCCGAGGUUUCCGUCUAGGAGUGCGUAUACCGGAGCCAACGUCAAGCUCAACCACUCUUUAGCUCGUUUGCUUAUAUUUCCUGGCUUUCAAAACAUGGUUUUGGCCCCAGUACACUUUUCUGGCAGUAGUUAUUCUUCCAAAGUGUUCAGGCGUCCCUGAACGUUUAUCUAGGUUAUUUGUUUGUCGCCCGAGAUUUGGGAACAUGUUCUACUUACCCGCGAUUUUAACGUUACAAUAGACUGCUUUUCUCAUAAAUACUGGAUCUAAUCCAUCUUUAAAAGCAUAGCCUUUCAAUUUAUCUACAUGGACUAUAGCCUGCAUAGCCUCUAAAGCUUAUUUGUGCUUUAUUUAUUUAAAACAAAUGUACAAUCAAUUAUUAUUAAACAUACAUUUUAAUUGUUUAUAUC